ACGCAGUGACGACAUUUCACCAAAAAAAAAAAAGCGUUUCUCUCUCAUCUCUUCAGCAAAAGAAUCGGUGAACGGAAAGCCAGCAGAGACAGAGAGAUUGAGUCGAGUAUAAAUAAUAUAUAUAUGUCUGUCUAGAACCAGCGCUUUCCUGUAACAUCUUCUCUUUCUUUUCCAUUGUUUUCCCGUGCAAUUUCGGAUCUAAUAACCAUUCCUAAAAUGGCACUGCGUUUCCUCACACUGUCGUAAAAUUUUCCCUUGCUUUCUACAAUCCCUGCUUUGUUAGAUUUUCUCGGCAACCAAUCAUGCUUUCGCUGCAGAACGAUCCUCGCCAACACCAACAGCAGCAACAAUUCCAGCACCGGGAGCCUCAGAUGCAGGUUUCUAGGGUUCCGUACAAUGGCGAUCAGCGUGAUGAGUCCUUUGUUUUGCAUUCCGAGUCUUCCUCGGCUUCCUCGAAUCUCAAUCUCUCGCAGCCGUUGGAUCCCCGCGAAGUUGAUGAGGACAUGCUCUUGGCCCUUGCUCAUCAGAAUUACAAAGCUGGGAACUAUAAGCAGGCAUUGGAACAUAGUGAUGUUGUUUAUGAAAGGAAUCCACGGCGUACUGAUAACCUACUUCUUUUGGGUGCUAUUUAUUAUCAGUUGCAUGAUUUUGAUAUGUGUGUUGCGAAGAAUGAAGCAGCUCUUAGAAUUGACCCACAUUUUGCUGAGUGCUAUGGCAACAUGGCAAAUGCUUGGAAGGAAAAAGGAAACAUUGAUUUGGCGAUCCAAUAUUAUUUGAUUGCCAUUGAGCUUCGACCAAAUUUUGCUGAUGCAUGGUCUAAUUUAGCUAGUGCAUAUAUGCGGAAAGGAAGACUUAAUGAGGCAGCUCGGUGUUGUCGCCAGGCUCUUUCAUUAAACCCUCAUUUGGUUGAUGCGCACAGUAACCUCGGGAAUCUGAUGAAAGCCCAAGGUUUAGUGCAAGAGGCAUAUAAUUGCUACGUUGAGGCUCUCCGUAUACAACCAAAUUUUGCUAUAGCAUGGUCCAACCUUGCUGGCCUUUUCAUGGAAGCAGGUGACCUUAAUAGGUCUCUUCAGUAUUACAAGGAAGCAGUUAAGCUUAAACCGGCAUUUCCAGAUGCCUAUCUGAACCUGGGAAGUGUUUACAAGGCUUUGGGAAUGCCUCAAGAGGCCAUUGCGUGUUAUCAGCGUGCUCUUCAAUCGCGUCCAGACUAUGCUAUGGCUUAUGGUAAUUUGGCUAGUAUAUAUUAUGAGCAAGGGAAACUGGAUAUGGCGAUACUCCACUAUAAGCGAGCCAUUGCUUGUGAUGCUGCAUUCUUGGAGGCAUACAAUAAUUUGGGCAAUGCACUGAAAGAUGCUGGAAGGGUCGAGGAGGCGAUUCCCUGCUACCAUCAAUGUCUGGCUUUGCAACCCAGCCAUCCACAAGCACUUACUAACCUUGGAAAUAUAUACAUGGAAUGGAAUAUGAUGACUGCUGCUGCACAAUUUUAUAAGGCAACAUUAUCUGUAACAACAGGACUUUCUGCCCCUUUCAACAACUUAGCGAUAAUCUACAAACAACAGGGUAAUUACGCAGAUUCUAUAUCUUGCUAUAAUGAAGUUCUCCGCAUCGAUCCGUUGGCAGCUGAUGGACUUGUCAAUAGGGGAAACACAUACAAGGAGAUUGGUAGGGUCAAUGAAGCAAUUCAAGACUACUUGCGUGCUAUUGCCAUUCGGCCAACCAUGGCUGAAGCUCAUGCAAAUCUGGCAUCAGCUUACAAGGAUAGUGGACAUGUCGACGCAGCUAUAAAAAGUUAUAAGCAAGCAUUGGUUUUGCGCCCUGAUUUUCCAGAAGCAACUUGUAAUCUUCUACACACAUUACAGUGUGUUUGUGAUUGGGAUGUGCGCGAUAAGAUGUUCAUUGAAGUUGAAGGGAUACUUCGGAGGCAGAUAAAGAUGUCUGUUAUUCCAAGUGUGCAGCCAUUCCAUGCCAUAGCCUAUCCCCUUGAUCCAGUGCUUGCAUUGGAAAUUAGUCGUAAAUAUGCUUCACAUUGCUCUGUGAUUGCUGCCCGUUACUCACUUCCUUCAUUCAAUCAUCCUUCACCAUUACCCAUAAGAGGCGGGGGUAGGAAUGGCCGGUUAAGGAUUGGAUAUGUCAGCAGUGACUUCGGUAACCAUCCGUUAUCACAUCUUAUGGGCUCAGUAUUUGGCAUGCAUAAUAGAGAAAAUGUGGAGGUGUUCUGCUAUGCUUUGAGUCCAAAUGAUGGCACUGAGUGGAGGCUACGUAUCCAGUCAGAGGCAGAGCACUUUGUAGAUGUGUCUUCUAUGUCAUCUGAUAUGAUUGCUAGGAUGAUUAAUGAUGAUCAAAUACAAAUCCUUGUGAACCUUAAUGGUUAUACCAAGGGGGCUAGAAAUGAAAUAUUUGCCAUGCAGCCUGCUCCUAUCCAGGUUUCAUACAUGGGAUUUCCUGGAACAACAGGAGCAUCUUACAUACAUUAUUUGGUCACUGACGAGUUUGUUUCACCUACAUGUUUAUCAAACAUUUACUCUGAGAAGCUUGUCCAUCUGCCGCAUUGUUACUUCGUAAAUGAUUAUAAGCAGAAAAAUCGCGAUAUAUUGGAUCCAAGCUGCACUCCCAAGCGUUCAGAUUAUGGAUUGCCAGAGGACAAAUUUAUAUUUGCUUGUUUCAAUCAGCUGUACAAGAUGGACCCUGAAAUUUUCGUAACUUGGUGCAAUAUACUCAAGCGUGUGCCCAAUAGUGCACUUUGGCUUCUCAGAUUUCCAGCAGCAGGCGAGAUGAGACUUCGGACAUAUGCUGCUGCAGAGGGGGUGCAACCAGAGCAAAUUAUUUUCACAGAUGUUGCCAUGAAAAACGAACAUAUCAGACGGAGUUCUUUGGCAGAUCUAUUCCUUGACACGCCAUUAUGCAAUGCCCACACAACGGGCACAGAUAUACUUUGGGCUGGUCUGCCUAUGGUGACCCUUCCCCUCGAGAAAAUGGCAACUAGAGUCGCUGGUUCACUUUGUGUGGCCACUGGAGUUGGGGAGGAGAUGAUUGUCAACAGCAUGAAAGAGUAUGAAGAGAAGGCAGUAUCUUUGGCACUAAAUCGCUCAAAGCUUCAGGAUCUUACCUACAGACUCAAAGCAGUCCGUUUGACUUGCCCUCUAUUUGAUACGACACGUUGGGUGAGGAAUCUUGAGCGAGCAUAUUUCAAGAUGUGGAAUUUGUAUUGCUCUGGCCAACAUCCGCAGCCCUUUAAAGUGACGGAGAAUGAUUCAGAAUAUCCAUAUGAUGGAUAGAAAAGUAAAUAAGAGAGAUGGGAAUGUAGAUAUAAGCAAAAAGAGAAUGUAAAGUGGUUACUUGUAAGGUUAUAUUGGUUGAUUUGGGAGAGAUGUUAUUGUCCUUUGGGUAGUACUUUCUGUGUGGGCAGCAUAUGCAUAUGCACAUAUGCAGCUGUUAGUUGAAUUUACUCACUUUGAUUACUUGCAACAAAGUAAUUUGUGGAGAAUGCAAUUUGCAUUGCAAAUGACUAAGCAUGCAAUUCUCUUUACAUGCCUUGCAACUCAAUUCUCUUUACAUGCCUUGCAUUACGCA